UCGAUUACCACAGCCGGAGCUCUUGUUGGCUGUGUGUGCCAGUGUGUGCUGUGCUGGGAUAUAUAUUCUCCGAUUAAAUUCUAAAGUAAAGGGGAAAAAGUAUCCGAGCAUAGCGUCAGUAUCCGCACAUGUGUUAAUACUAACAACAAAAAGAUAAAAUUUUAAAAAAAUAUUUUAAAUCUAUAAAAAUGUGAAUUUUUAACCGUGAUAAAUGUGAUAAAAUUUAUUUUUACACCAUACCGCGUUCCCGAUUUGAUUUUCAAAUUUUUAUACUACAAAUUCACAGAGUGGUUGGUUCUUCAUUUAAAUAAACUUCGGUCAGUGACUUGAUAAUUUAACUGCUCCGAUGACUCAAUGAUCUGUUGUACUGUUGAUAGAUCUAAUAAUGAUAGUUAUUAUUAUUUAAACAUUUUAAUAAAUAAAUUAAAUAAAUAGUUAAUAAUUGUUGUGCAUAAUACAGUGGGAGCUUUGGAGUAUUUAUUUAAAUAGUUUCAUAUUUAUCAGUGAUACGGCACUGCACGUGUGUGUACAUAUGUGCAGACUGCAAGGCUUACUGUCACUUGGUCAGUUGUCAUCGGUGCUACUGUUUUUAAAUUCAGUCCUCAGUGCGUCAGAUACUUUAUACAUUUUUAUUUUCAAAAAUUUUUUUAAUAAUUAAAUGGUCAUUUGAUAAUAAACUGUGAGAUUUACUGAUGAUUUGGAAACAAUAAUAAUAAUAUUUCCGGUGGUUUGAAAAGUGAUGGGUGUAGCUGUGUAUUUUUACAAGUUUUAACAAUUUAGUUUUUAAAUUAACACUUUCGUUUGGAGUUAUUUUUUUUUUCUUGCUGGACAAGUACAUAUAUGUAUAUAUAUAUAUAUAUAUAUAGAAUAUAUUACUGGACUGUAGAUGAAGAUAAAAGGAGGGGCAUUUGGUUGCUAUACUGGAGCAGAGACAGAGAGAAAAUCUAGUACAGUUGGUAGUUGAAUUAAUGAGAACAGGAAGUGAUUGAGGGUACUUGUUAAAUGUAAUCCUGCUGAAUAAAGUUGCUCACUGUUCCUGUAAUACUCAACUUUCAUUUAAUGAAAAAAAAAAAAAUAAAGUUUAUUAAUAACUGAAGAAAUUCAGUACUAAGGCAGCUUGAGAGUAAUUUAUUAUUUAUUCAAAUGAUCUAAAGGUUUAACAAAUAAAAGUUUAAGAUGUACCGGAUAUCCUAUUGAUAAACCAGUAUCUGGAUAUAAAAAGUCUAUAAAAUCAUAUAAGGAAGAAAAGGGAAUAAAGUUAAUAAUUAUACUUAUUUAAAAAUAUAAAUGGAAAAGAAAAAAUGUUACGACUUCCUGGACGGUCAAGGAUAAAUUGAAUAAUUAUUUUUAGGCAUACGAAACUAAUUUGGUUCUAAAACAGUCCAACAGCUGCCCCGCAAAACUCGAGAGGGGAAUAACUAAAAUGUCGAGACCAAUAAUAAUGAUAACUCAAGGUUCUCAACCAAAACCUUUUAAUGUUUUUAUUUUAUUUACAUUUUUUAUUGUUAUUUUUUCUAUUAUUUCUCGAGUUAAAGCUCAAAAUGAUAAUUUCGAGACAACGACAUCCAUCACUAAUUAUGAUACUGAUGAUGGAAAAGUUCCAAGUACACCAUUGAGAUUAACAGCCUAUGGGAUUAAUUCAUCGUCCGUAGAGUUGUCAUGGUCAGAACCUAAACAUAAAAAUGGAAUAAUCCUUGGCUACAGAGUAUUUUACAUGCACUCAAAUUUUACGGAAGUUAAAACACUAAAAAAGAACAACGAAACUAUUGAUUUUCUUCUCAAUGAUUUGAAACCAAUGACUGAAUACAAAAUAUGGGUUAAGGCAUUUACAUGGAAGAAUGAGGGCGAACCGUCUGAUCAUAUUAUACAAAAGACUGAUGUUGCAGGACCAACUGCACCUGUAAUACUUAAUCUAACUUGCCAAGCUCACGACGCUAUUUACGUCUACUGGGCACGUCCUGAGACCUUUUGGAAUUCCAUUGACUAUUAUUACAUAAUGUAUCGUAAUGAUCAGUAUAAAAAAUAUGAUGAAAUUGAAAUUCCUACUACCAAAGAGCAUCUCAAUAGUGGGAUAAUAAUACCAAAUCUUACUAUGAAUACAAUUUACGAAAUAAUGGUCUGUGCUGGUACAAAUAGCACAAUAAAUCCGCAUCACGUAGUCCGAGGUAAUUGUAGUCAACCAAAAACGCAACGAGUGGCACGUAAUUGUGAUAAAACACCACCACUAAUGCGUCGGAGCUCUGAAGAAUUGAGUACUGGUGUAAUUGCUGGUAUGAUUUGUGUUUGUAUCGCGGUAAUGUUGGCCAUUACAGCUUUGAUAUUAUGGAGGCGUGUUUUUAGAAAAUGUUUCCAGACAACCUAUUGCUUUUUGGAUUAUCCACCGCGGAAUGUACAAACACACCAGGAAUGGGAAAAUAGCAAACAAGAUGGUGAAAGGACGGCUGUUCCUGUAUCACAAUAUGUCCAACAUGUAGCAGCAUUACAUGCCGAUGGUGACAUUGGUUUUAGUAAAGAAUUUGAAUUAUUUCCAAAAGAAACAGAACUUUAUAUAGCCGACAAUUCUAAAUCCGCUGAAAAUCAGUCGAAAAAUCGUUAUGGAAAUAUUAUUGCAUAUGAUCAUUCGCGAGUAAGAUUGUUGCCAUGCAAUGGAAGUCCAUCAAAUAAAGGACAAGAUUAUAUAAAUGCAAAUUAUAUUGAUGGAUGGCAACGUGCACGUGCAUAUAUCGGCACCCAAGGACCAUUGCCUGGAACGAUUGACAGCUUUUGGCGAAUGGUAUGGGAGCAACGUGUAUCGAUAAUCGUUAUGAUAACAAAUUUAGUUGAACGUGGCAGACCUAAAUGCGAUAUGUACUGGCCUAAGGAGGGUACCGAGACCUACGGCAAUGUCCAGGUAACAUUAAUUAAGGAAGACGUUAUGGCAACAUAUACAAUACGUACACUGCACAUCAGACAUAUGAAGAUUAAGAAAAAGAAGAAUGGUAGUAAUGUUGGCGAACGUACAGUGUACCAGUAUCAUUAUACCGGUUGGCCAGAUCAUGGUGUGCCUGAUCAUCCGCUGCCUGUAUUAAGUUUCAUUAGAAAAUCGUCAAGUGCUAAUCCACCAUCAGCUGGACCGAUUAUUGUUCACUGCAGUGCUGGUGUUGGACGUACUGGUGCUUACAUUGUAAUCGAUGCAAUGCUUAAACAAGCUAAAUGUAAAGGCGAAAUAAAUGUAUAUGGUUUUUUGAAACAUAUACGUACCCAACGUUACUCAUUAGUACAAACAGAGGAGCAGUAUAUAUUUAUUCACGACGCACUACAAGAAGCUAUUGACAGCGGUGAGACAAACACACCAAUUGAUAACUUAUUGCAGCAUGUACAGGACAUGCUAUCGCCGCAAAAUAAUAAAACUGAUCCGUGGAAUAACAUUGAGAUGCAGUAUAAACUAGUAACCUCGUGGAAGCCUAAAGAUUUUAAUUUAGUGUCAUCAAGUAAAUCAUUUAAUCAACACAAAAAUCGAAAUCAAGAAAUAGUACCUAUUGAAAAUUCACGUGUACAUUUAACACCUAAAGCUGGUAUUGAUGGAAGUGAUUAUAUAAAUGCAACGUGGUUCGCUGGUUUUCAUAAAAACCGUGAAUUUAUUUUGACGCAGCAUCCGUUAAAGACAACAAUAAAAGAAUUUUGGCAAAUGCUCUGGGAUCACAAUGCGAAAACUAUUGUUAUGUUGACGCAAUGCGACGACAAUGAGUAUCCAGAAUUUUGGCCGAACGAGGGCGAAGAAUUGAAAACAGACAACUUUCGCGUACAAUUAUGCGCUAUUAAAAAAACUGUCAGUGGUGUUGUCUUGAGAGAAGUUGUUAUACGUUCGCUUCAGGAUGAUUAUGAAUUAAGUGCACGUAUUGUACAAGGACCUGUUAAUCAUAAUGGCUUGUGGCCGCACAAUGACAAUCCCAAGGCAUUUGUUUCUAUGAUUCAAGAUUUUCAUAAAGAAUAUCAGAAUGGACCCAUUGUUGUUAUGGAUAGGUAUGGUGGUAUUGAAGCAGCGUUAUUUAUUUUGUUAACGACACUGAUGAAACAAAUAGAGUUUGAAAAAAGUGCCGAUAUUUAUAUGUUUUCAAAAUUGUUGUAUAUGAAGAGACCUGGAAUAUUCAGAUCAAAGGAGGAUUAUGUACUGGUAUAUAAAUGUUUAGAGUCAGUAUUGACAUCAAAAACACGUGUCGAGCCGGAUUUAUACACGAUGACGAACGGUCAUGUGAACUGUAUAAAUCCAAACGAUGGAAAUAAUUUUAAAACAACAACAAUAGUCCCAACAGUAGGUGAACAACAUAUUGUAGGACAAUUACCAGUAAAAAAUGUUGUUGGUAUUCAUGAGUACGCAUCGGUUGAAAUGCCCGUGGAAUAUGCAACAGAUUAUGUUAAUAAUCAAAACCAUCUGAGUCAUAUCAACAGCGAGCGUGGAUGUCCGACAAUUGAUGGCUGCGCAGAUUACGGCGAUCAUCAUAUAUUAACAGACAAUGCCGGAUUACCGGUCCGUAAUCAAAAUUAUGUCAAUCAUCCGGGUGUAGUUGGAGGUGUUGCUGCUGGUGUACCUAUAGAUCCAAAUGGUUAUAUUACAAAUGGUAAUAUGCGGAUUCCACCUGAAGGUAUGGAAUCAACAUGUGCUAUUAUUCCUCAAUGAUGGAGGCAUUCCGCGUCUCACGCUCAAAAUAUAACACCCUCUGAUGGUACUUUGUUGGAGCAUCCAGUCAAUUUAUAUAAUAAUUCGAUAAAUUUAAAUUCAAACACGAAUAACCCAAUAGCAAUUAAUAAUGAUUGCACUAAUCAGUUUGGGUAUAGUUGGCACGGUUACUAUACAACAAUGAGAGUAACUCAUAAGAAAAAUAACGUUGCUAUGACUGGUCAAUCGCGUUUUGAUUUUGGCGAAUGUAUCUAGACAGAUAAACGUAUUUAGUAUUUAAUAAUACACUAAAUAUAUCGGUCUAAUUCGCCUAAAAAUAAAUUAGAUAAUUAAUAUCCAACAGUACGUAUUGAAGCCAUCCACUAGUCUCUUGAAAAAAUUAUUGAAUCAAGUUUGUGUCUUUUAAAGAGAAAUUAUAAAUGCUUUAUUCUGUAAAUAAAUUACGGACCAUCUGUUAAAAAAAAAGAAAAAAAACCAGUUGCCAAAGAUAUUAGGUAAAUGAUUAUUAACAAAAUUAUGUCAUAUGAUAUUAUAUUAUUAUUAUUUUUUUUUAUUAUUAUUAUUAUUAUUAUUAUUAUUGUGAAAUUAGAGAGCUGUAAAUAAGCGUGUAUGAUAAUAUUUUCUAUUUUUAUUUUAAUUACUAAUUAUUAGUUUUAUUUUUUUAUAAAUUAUCAAACUCCUGUGCCAGUGCCCUCUCUUGUUCAGCCAUUCGAUUUAUUUACAUUUUUUAUUAAUUUAAUACUUUUUUUCUUACUCCUAUUUACUAAUGCCAUAGCAGUAUAAUUUUCAGGUUAUAAAACAUAGUUUAACAUCGGAAUCGCUCGGUAAUUAUCGUAUAAGUUCGGCUGCCAAUCAGCAGACGAGUUUACUAACGAAAUAACAUAUUAAUUUCCGAACUUUUAACCAACAAAUAUUUUAAACCGCAAAAAUUGUAUUAACAGGGUUUACAAUCUAAAAUAUUUAAUAAAAAAAAAUACUAAUAAUAACAGUAUUUAAAUUUAAUUAAUGAUUGUUUCUUCCAAACCGUAAACAUUUCAUCAAAAAAAGACAUUUAACUAAAUAUUUUAAAUCAAUAAUAAUUUACAUUCAUUUUUUUUUUUUUUAUUAAUAUAUACAAUAAUAUUUAAUUUAUAAAAUGAAUCAUUAGUUUAUUAGAUAUUCCAAUCACAGGCCGAUAAAGGGCAUCUUCAAAAGACUGAAAAAAUAAAUAAUCGUUUUAUACGCAUUAUUAUAAUCAGAGUUUUAAAUGAUAAUUAGAAAUUCAAUUACUUAUGCAGAGGGACUGGGUAAUGCAAUUUUUUAUUCGUGAUAUUUAAAGAAAUGAUAAAAAAAAUAUAUUUAAAAAAUCAUCAACGAGUAAUUAAUAUUAUCUGUCCAUUGUACGUAUUCGAAUUUCCACGACGUAAAAAUAUAAAAAAAAAAAAACGUAAAUUUUGAUUUGAAAUUAUAAAUAUAGUAGCAAGUAUAGAUAAAUAUAACGAUUUAAAUAUUAAAAUAAAUGUUUUGUCGAAAUGUUUGAUAAUAUUUAAGAUAAAAAUAAAAUUAUAAAUAUGAUUGUUGUGUAUGAAUCACAAUCGUAACGAUUGUUUUGUUGAAUGUCCUAAUCCUGAUAACCGUUGAUUGUUAGAAAGUAUAUAUAAAUUAAAUAUAUAUAUAAAUAUAAAUAUAUAAAAUAGUAUUUAUGAUUAAAUAUAAUUGAAUAGUAUAAUAAAUAUGUUCUGUCAUGCGAUGCUUGUAUUAUAAAUGUCAUAUAACUAAAAAUCAAUCGGAGUUUACUCGUAAUCAAUAUUUAAAUUAAAUACAAAAUUGAAAUAAUAACAAGUAGUUGAAUUUAUGUAUACGUUAUAAUAAUCCGUGUAAAUGUAGAUUGAAUGUCCAUUAAUUACGUAUUUAUGCACGCGCAUAUUCAUUGUUUGAUAUAUUCUGCUGCCGAAGUAUUGUAGAAAAAAAAAAUUACUCCACUUUGGCAAUUAACAAUCUGCCAAUUUUUUAAAUUAUUAUAUUUUAUAAUAAUAAUUACCAUUUCUCAACGAAAUUUGAUUACUUGAAGUUGAGAUUGAAUUUUUUUCUUAAUAAGAUUAGAAUUUCAAAAUUUUUAUUUUGAAAGAAAUAAAAAUAAUCAAAACAUUUUGGCAAAAUUCAAAAUUAAUUAAUACUGACUUAUUGAGCGAGAAGUUUUUAUGAUAAAAAAAGACAUAAAUGUUUUAAAUAUUAAUGAUAAAUAAUUAUGAUACUCGAUAGAAAAAUAUAUUUCAUUGGAAAUUAAUAUAAAAAUAAAGCACACAUGCUAACAUUUCCAUAAUCCAGUUGACACAUUCCGUAACGUGUGUUUUUAAUUAUAAUAUUACCAUGUGUAUGCAUAAAUAUAUAUUGAUAUUAAUGUAUAUACUAAGGAAUUUAUAAAACGACGUACAUAGAUGUGAAUAGAUAUAAUUAAUAUAUAUAUAUAAAUAAAUAUAUAAAUAUAUAUAUUAGAUUCUAGUCAGCAUACUGUCUGUGGAAUGGCACACGCUUGCACCAUAUAUGAAAAAAAAAUUAAAUAAAUGAUAAUGAUAAUGAUAAAAAUGAAAACACUGAUAUUAUAACAAUCGAUAAUAUUAAAUAUAUAUUAUAUAUGAGACUGAAGUCGAUUUAUCUUUCCGUUGUAAUACCAAUUUAAAAGUAGAGAAACGCAACAAAAAUUGUAAUGAUUGAAGAAAAAAAAUCUUUAGCAUGCGCCGUUUUAAUGAUGAUAAUUAUUGAGUUUUAAUUUUAUCUGUUGAUUGAGAUGGUAGAAUUUAUGAGAUUACGUAUCACGAAAUUUUCAUCAAUCGGUUAUCUUAAAGCGAUAAUUGAUAUUAAUAAAUCUAAAUAUGAAUAUAUUUAUAGAUGUUACACUGCACAAUUUAUCUGUUCGAUAAUUAUUUUAUCAAUCUAAUAAUUAGAAAUUAUCAUGAUACAACUGCAUGAUUACUAAAUGAUAAAUAUAUAACUAUUUUAAUUAAAUAGUAUCGAUAUAUUUAUUGCACUGCCUCCACCUGUAAUUUAAAUGUCAAAUAAUAAUUCAGUGAAAAAAAAAAUUCAAGGUCGCUCGAAAUUUUUUAUUCAAAUUCAAAAUUCAAAAUUUAUAAUUGUUUUGUAAAAAUAUUUAUUUAAAAUUUUUUCUGCUGUUAUAUUUUUUUAUCAUACUGUAUUGACCAACUAAUAAUAUAAGCUAACAUAUAUAUUGCACAAAAAAAAUACACAAAAAUAAAUUGUAAAGGACAGGAAAAUGCAUUUGAAAUUUGAUUGUGCCAUUGAAUUUUGAAUAUCUAUCUAAUUUGAUUGAACAUUAUUGUAAUUCAGCAACGUAAAAAUAUAAUACUUAUGACUAUAAUUUACCGUAUUUAUAUAAUCGAAACUUGAUGUAAAAGAUUUUUAUGAUUCCGUAAUAGUUUGUAAUAUUAAAAAUCAUAAGUAUAAUUAUUGAAACGCAUAGAUUUAAUAACUAACGUUAGAUAACAAUAAUGCGUAAUAAAUAUACGAUGAAUUUUUGUAUAACUCAAGCAUAAAGAUGUUUAUUUGAACAUCAACAGGCCAAAUAAUUAACUGCGUAAGUUUAAGUAACGUCACUUGAUUUGACUUUGGUUUAAACAUUCUUAUUUAAUACAUUCGUCAUUCCAAGCAGUAAUUGUAAAUAGCCAUUGUAAAUAUCAUUAUUUAUAAAUUGUAUAAGUAUAUCUAUAAAAACUCAGAUAUUAAUAAAUUAAUAUUUAAAUUUAAAUAUAAUGAUUUGUAACGAAAUAUUUCACGUGCAGUUAAAUAAAGAUAGAAUGAUAUAAAUAUUAUAACUGUGUCGGA